AACGCGGGUCCCGGCGCGGUCCCCGGCGCGGGCAGCGGCGCUGGCGGCUCCGUGUGCGCCGGGGCUGUCCCGGCCAUGGCAGAGCGGGGCACGGCCGCCCCGCUCUCUCGCCGUUCGUCGCUGCCGAGCCCCGGCUGGUGCCUGCGCGAUGCGGAGGUGGGAGAAGGCGCCGAGGGCUCGUUGCCGCUGUGAGCGGCGUCGGGGCCGCGGGCCCGGGGGCUGCGCCGGCAGCAUGCGGCUGCUCGGCCGCUCCGCUCUGCACGUCCCGGCUCUGUGGUGCUGGUACCUGCUCCUCUCCGCCGAUGCCCAGGAGGUGGCCACGUUCACCGUGCGCUACCGGCUGCUGGAAGAAGUGCCGCCGGGGACGGUGAUAGGGACGCUGGCCGAGCACGUCGAGGGAGGGGGGAGCGGGGAGUCGGGCGAUGCCUUCCAGCUGAUGGAGACCCCCGGGAGCUUCCCGCUGGCCGUGGGGAGCGGGGACGGGGUGCUGAGCACGGCCGGGCGGGUGGACAGGGAGCAGCUGUGCCGGCACAGCGAUCCCUGCUGGGUGUCCUUCGACGUCCUGGCCUCCCGAAGCCCGGCUCUGAUCCACGUGGAAGUGCAAGUGCUGGACGUGAACGACCACGCGCCGCGGUUCCCCACGGCCGAGCUGGAGCUGGAGGUGUCGGAGAGCACGUCCCUGCGGACGCGCAUCCCGCUGGACCGGGCGCUGGACGCCGACGCCGGGCCCAACGCGCGCUGCUCCUACGGCCUCUCCCCCAGCCAGCACUUCGCUCUGGAGGUCGUGCCCGGCUCUGACGGGACGAGGCACGCCGAGCUCGUGCUGGUUAAAGAAGUGGACCGGGAGCUGCACUCCUCCUUCGACCUCGUGCUGACGGCCACCGAUCACGGGCAGCCGCCCAAGUCGGGUACGGCUUUAAUCAGAGUCAUCGUGCUGGACUCCAACGACAACAGCCCCGUGUUUGCAGAGAGCUCUCUGACGGUGGAAGUCUGGGAGGAUGCUCUGCCCGGGACACAUCUCGUGACGGUCACUGCCACCGACCCCGACCAGGGUCCCAACGGGGAGAUCGAGUACAGCCUGAGCAAACACGCAGCCCCGGAGGUGCUGAGCGCCUUCAGCAUCGACCCCCGCACGGGCAGCAUCGUCCUGAGGCACCCGCUGGACUACGAGGAAACCCAUGCCUACGAGCUGGACGUACAAGCCCGGGACCUGGGGGCCAACCCCAUCCCAGCGCACUGCAAGGUCCUGGUCAAAGUCCUGGACGUCAACGACAACGCUCCCGACGUCCACGUCACCUGGGCGGCGCGGGCGCCCGUGCUCUCCGAAGCCCUCCCCAAGGACAGCUUCGUGGCUCUGGUGACGGCCAGCGACCCCGACUCGGGGAGUAACGGGCAAGUGCAUUGCUCCCUCAGCCAGGGGUACGAGCACUUCAGGCUGAAGAGGACCACCGGCCACAGCUACGUGCUGCUGACCAACGCGGCGCUGGACAGGGAGCUGCGCGCCGAGUACAACCUGACGCUGGUGGCGCGGGACCAGGGCGCCCUGUCCUUGGCCGUGCUGAAGCACCUCACCAUCUGCAUCAGCGACGUCAACGACAACGCUCCCUCCUUCGAGGAGGCCGCCUACGAGGCCGCUGUGGCCGAGAAUGGCGAAGUGCCCGCCUUCCUGCUCAGCGUCCGCGCCACCGACCCCGACCUGGGCUUCAACGGCAACAUCACCUACAGCAUCCCGGACUCCUCCGCUUCGGGGCUGCUCUCCGUCAACCCCACCACCGGCGACGUGUUUGCCCUCCGGGCUUUCGAUUACGAGCAGGUGAGGAGCCUGGAGUUCGUGGUGAGCGCGGAGGACGGCGGUCAGCCCAGGCUGGCGUCCAACGUCUCCGUCAGGCUGGCCGUGCUCGACCGCAACGACAACGCGCCCGUCAUCACCGCGCCGGCGCUGGCGGAGGGCACGGCCACGCUCUGCGUGCUGGUGGACGUGGCCACGGGCUGCUGCUGGCUGGCCCCCGGCAACGGCAGCGCGGCAGCGCCGACCAACGCCACGCUCGUGCCGUGUGCCGCCGCUCCCUUCCUCUUCGCCGUCGUGGCCAGUGACCUGGAUUCCGGCACCAACGGGGCCCUGCGGUAUGAGGUGGCAGGGGGGGACGACGCCAGGCUCUUCAUCCUGGACCCUCUCUCGGGGCGGGUGUCCCUCAAUGCCAGCAACGCCAGCGGCUUGGUGGGCAGCGAGCGGGAGCUGCUGGUGCGGGUGAGCGACGGCGGGGACGUGCCCCUGCACGCCCUGGCACGGCUGCGCUUGCUUUUCCGGCGCCACGGGGCGUUCUCCAAGAUGUCAGCCCGGGAUCCCGGGUGGCUGAGCCCCUCGGUGCUGGUUGUCAUCUGCCUGGCCGCCCUCCUGGGCGGCUGCCUUCUCCUCUUGGCUUUAACCCUGUCGGUGCGUAAGAAGGAGAAGAAGGACGGCAUGGCCUACAACUGCAGGGAGGCGGAGGAUGCCCGCCGGCAGCAGCAGCUCAAGAAGCCCCACAGGCAGAUCCAGAAGACAGACAUCCACCUGGUGCCGCUGCUGCGGGGCCGGCCCCGGGAGCCCGAGCCCCCCCAGCCCUGCCAGGAGGAUCUGCCCGGCGCGGACCCCCCUGCGCCGGGGGCCUCCCCGCAGCCUGCCCUCCACCUCACCCCUACUCUCUACAGGACCCUGAGAAACCAGAGGGCCCAAAAGGACUCAGACGAGCAGCAGGAGACCUUUGAGCUGCCCAUCCUGCAGCGCCAGCCCCACAGACCCAAACACUCGGGCAGGGAGGCCGCGAGCCCCCCGGCGGCGGCACCGCACUGCAGGAGCCUGGUGAAGCCAGCGCCGGUGCCCCUGGGAGAGCCCCCGCUGCCAGCCCCACAGCCCCUGGCCUCGGGGGCACCCGGGCAGCCCCAGCCCCACCAGCACAUCCUCAGGAGCCUGGUGCGGCUGUCGCUGGUGGCACUGGCCGAGCAGAGCCCCACGGGGGAGUUCGCCAUGGAGUCUGCCCCGGUGCAGCAAAUCUCCCAGCUGCUCUCGCUGCUGCACCAGGGCCAGUUCCAGCCCAAAACAAACCACAGGGGAAACAAGUACACGGCCAAGAACGGCAGCAGGGCUGCGGGGCUGGAUGCUGACUGCCUGAGCACGAAGGACAGUGGGCACGGCGAGAGCGAGGCCGAGGACCGUGACUCCGACAGCGGCUUCGAGCUCUCGGUGCAGCAGCUGGUGGGAGAGGAGCUGGAGACCCUCCUGGAGCCCCAGGCAGAGCUGGCCCUCAAGAGGCUGACGGCUGCAGACCCAGCCUGGGUGGCUCGGCUCUCCUUGCCACUUACCGGCAGUUACAAGGACAACGUCUUCUCCCCUGACUCUCCUCACUCACCUCAGGACGAGGAAGCUGCAAGGCAGGAGAAACCAAGGACCUUUGAAACCUUUGGGAAAGGUGCUGGAGCUGACUCAAACGCUGCUGGGACGAGACUUGCCAGCACUUUCCUCUCAGAAAUGAGCACCCUCUUUGAAAUGAUUUUGUCCCAGAAGGCCCAAGUCCACAAUGAAACGGGCCCCGGGCUUCUGCGGCAGCUGUCGGCACACGGGAAGAGCCUGGGGCUGGAAGACAGUGCUCCUGUCCUGUGAGAAGGAGAGCAGAGUCAGGCAGAGCUGCCUUCUGCAGCUGGGGUGCACAUGUGUGCUUUUACAGGGUUGCUGUAUCAACCAUCCACGUCUAGACUGGUCACAACAGCCACAUCUGUCAUUGCCUCACCCCAUCCAGUUUCUCCAUGCCUGAUUCCACCUUGUUUAGUUCCCUUCUCCCUGCCUGUUCUUGCUGUCCUCCCCUCCCACCCUCAUCCCUCACCUGGCCACCACAGCAGGAGAGCCUUUUCCUCUCCGAGGGGAGGGAGGUGGCCACGCAGCAUGGCUCCAUGCAUGUCCCCAGGGACAAUCAAACAGUGUGGUGCUGCAGAGUUGGGCUCCAGGCUCUCACUUCUUAUUUAAAUAAAACUGUGUGUUUUUUCCCUA